GACAUGGCCAUUCCCACGCCAAUUUCCCCCCGCCAUUUCAAUUACAAAGCCUUUCACAUCUUUCCCUUCUUUACCAGACAUUGAAUUUUGCCUAUUAUGGGUUCUUUUUUCAGUAUGGCGAAUGCCAAAUCCGAUAGGAGUGAGGGUGACGAGGCCUUUCAGAAUGAGAUCUGCAAGAGGAGAAGAAUGUUAUCUAGCUUUGAUGAGGAGAGUCCAAGAUUAAUUCCAAAUCUUCCCGAUGAAUUAUCACUUCAGAUUAUCGCCAGAGUUCCUAGAAUUUGUUACUUAAACAUGAGGUUGGUCUCAAGGAAAUGGAAGACUACUAUCAUGAGUUCUGAAUUAUAUAAGUUAAGAAAAGAACUUGGAACAACUGAAGAGUGGCUAUAUCUGUUGAUCAAGGUUGGAGAAAACAAGCUUAUAUGGCAUGCCCUGGAUCCUCGUUCCCAAAAAUGGCAGAGACUGCCUGCGAUGCCCAAUUUUGUUAAUGAAGAAGAAUCUAGAAAGGGUUCUUCUAGGCUUUGGAUGUGGAACAUGGUGGAAGGUAUUAGAAUUGCUGAAGUUAUAAGAGGUUUGCUGGGACAGAAGGAUGGAUUAGAUGAAAUGCCCUUUUGCGGCUGUGCCAUUGGAGCUGUCGAGGGAUGUCUCUAUGUUCUUGGUGGAUUCUCUAAAUCUUCAACCAUGAGAUGUGUUUGGCGAUACGAUCUGAUAGAAAACAAAUGGAGCAAGGUGACCUCGAUGUCUACAGGUAGGGCAUAUUGCAAGACAGGCAUCUUAAAUAACAAACUUUAUGUGGUCGGAGGGGUUAGUCAGGGUCAAGCUGGAUUGAUUCCCCUUCAGUCUGCUGAAGUUUUUGAUCCCUCUACAGAUACAUGGUCCAAUGUACCUAGUAUGCCUUUCUCAAAAGCUCGAGUCCUGCCCACUGUCUUUUUGGCUGACAUGUUGAAGCCUAUUGCCACAGGAUUGACCUCCUACAUGGGAAGGCUAUGUGUCCCACAAAGUUUGUAUUCAUGGCCCUUUUUUGUUGAUGUGGGCGGAGAAAUCUAUGAUCCUGAAACAAAUUCAUGGAUGGAAAUGCCUAAUGGAAUGGGUGAGGGUUGGCCUGCUCGGCAAGCAGGUACCAAAUUGAGCGUUGUGGUGGAUGGUGAAUUAUAUGCUUAUGAUCCUUCUAAUUCUCUGGAAAGUGGAAAGAUCAAGGUAUAUGAUCAAGGAGAAGAUGCAUGGAAAGUAGUUAUCGGAAAAGUCCCCGUAUAUGAUUGUGCAGAUUCAGAGUCUCCGUAUUUGCUCGCUGGUUUCCAUGAGAAAAUUCACGUCAUUACAAAAGAUGCUAAUCAUGACAUUGCUGUUCUUAAGGCUGACCUGCGCAGUAAUUGGGAUUCUUCUCCUUCAAUCUCCUCCCUUUCGCCCAUCUGUGGUCAUGAAGAUCCAGAACCAGGUGCUGAACCUGAUGCAGUUGUUUGGAAGGUAGUUGCCAAGAAAGACUUUGGUCCAGCUGAAUUGGUCAGUUGCCAAGUGAUUGAUAUUUAGUUAAUUCCAAGUAUGAAAUUCUAUAAUAUAUUAGUUUACUGGAAGCUAAAUGAACACACGACAUGGUUGCUAGUUCAUUUAGACGAAUGUUUUAGUACUUGUAUGUAUCGUAUAGGCAGUUCUAUGGAAAUUACCACCUACGAGGUUACGACUGUAACGUGCUUGUUGCUGGUUUAGAUUUACUGCGAAAGGAAGGGAGAAAUGAGAUGGGUUCAUUCUCUCCAGAAUUAACGUUCAAAUAAUGUCGUCAUCAAGCUGGUUUUGAUAUUUAUUCCGGUGGUUGUGGCA